UUUUCUUCUCUUUUCCACCAACCAAAACUCAGCCACUCUGACUUGACUCUCUCUCUGUCUCUGUCUCUCUCUUUUGCUCUUCUACAUUCGUCUCUGUCCAUCAAGUCUUCUCUCUCUCAUCUCCUUUCCCUCUUCUUGUCUCUUUCCACUACGAUAAUCACACAUCUUCUAUAGCCAGUACGUUUCGAAUCCCUCUAUUGCGUGCAUUUCCUCGACGACGGCUGCUUUUCUUCCUCUUCCUCCUCCGCUACGACUUUGGGAUAGAAAGAAUCUGACACGCAGCAGAAAUGUUGGAAGCACGGUUGGAACAGGCUAGCAUCCUGAAAAAGGUGGUCGACGCCAUCAAGGACCUCGUGCAGGACUGCAACUUUGACUGCAACGACUCGGGCAUCGCGCUGCAGGCCAUGGACAACUCGCACGUCGCCCUCGUGUCCAUGAUGCUCAAGGCCGAGGGCUUCUCGCCGUACCGAUGCGACCGCAACAUCGCCCUCGGCGUCAACCUGACGUCCCUGACAAAGGUGCUGCGCGCAGCCCAGGGCGACGACAUCCUGACGAUCAAGGCCGAGGACGCCCCGGACGUCAUGAACCUGCUGUUUGAGAGCAGCGGCGAGGACCGCAUCAGCGAGUACGACCUCAAGCUCAUGGACAUUGACCAGGAGCACCUGGGCAUUCCCGAGACGGAGUAUGCGGCCACCAUUACGAUGCCGUCGAACGAGUUCCGGAGGAUCUGCACAGAUCUGGCGGCCAUGUCAGAGUCAGUCGGCAUCGAGGCCUCCAAGGACGGCGUCAAGUUCUCUUGCAACGGCGACAUUGGCAACGGCUCCGUCACCCUGAGAAGCCACACCUCCAUCGACAAGCCCGAGAACAAUGUCGACAUUGAGCUGACGGAGCCCGUCUCCCUGACCUUUUCGCUGAAGUACCUGGUCAACUUCUGCAAGGCUGCCGCCCUGUCCAACCAGGUCAAGAUCUGCCUGUCCAGCGAGGUGCCGCUCUUGGUCGAGUACAACCUCUCUGGCAGCAGCUACCUGCGCUUCUACCUCGCGCCCAAGAUUGGCGAUGAUGAGUAA